GAAGAGGAAGAUACGCAACGAAGACGAAACCAAGAAGAAAAAUUCUUAGGAAGAGAAGAAAUCAAUAGAAUCAGAGAGAGACGGACAGAGAUUUUGGUAUUUGGGUUCGACGAGGUGGCGACCACAGACGCUGACGAAGGAGGAGAGACGCGCAACAGUCGCCUCCAAGUGUUUCUUUCGUCGCUUUUGUCGAGCUUUGGAGGUGUUUUUGGCUAUAACUCGCAAGAACAAGACAUGGCAUCGAGAGCUGUUGUUCCUCUUCAAAAGCCCAGAGGCGAAGUGAAGAAGAAUGCACCAGCAGAAGGAAGGACUAGGCGGGUUCUCCAAGAUAUUGGUAAUCUCGUUGUGACUAAUGCACAAGCAGCCGCAGAGAAGAACAAGAAACUAAUCACAGAAGGUGUAGAUGCCGUUGCUGGUAAUGGGGUCGGUGUAGGGAAAGGCCGGGCAGCAACAAAGUUGGUGGUACCUCAAAAGAAUGUAAUCAAGAAGCCGAUCCCCAAGGAAGUGAUAGUGAUUAGCUCUGAUGAAGAAGACGGGGGUAACUGUGCUGGUGGAAGAAAAUCCAGAGGAAGAGAAGUUUCCUCGAAGAAGGAGAAUGUCCGGACCUUCACUUCAACCCUCACUGCUCGAAGCAAGGCUGCUUGUGGACUCACCAAUAAGCCCAAGGAUCCAGUAGAAAACAUAGACUCGGGUGAUGUUGACAACGAAUUGGCAGUAGUCGAGUACGUGGAUGACAUGUACAAUUUCUACAAGCACGCAGAGGAUUCGAGUAAACUGCAUGACUACAUGGCCACGCAGCCAGACAUAAAUGCUAAGAUGAGAUCAAUCCUUGUAGACUGGCUGAUUGAAGUUCAUCGCAAAUUUGAACUCAUGCCGGAAACCCUCUAUCUUACUAUUAACAUUGUGGAUCGAUUCCUUUCUGUGAAGUCUGUCUCUAGGAGGGAACUCCAGUUAGUUGGAAUCAGCUCAAUGCUCAUUGCAAGCAAGUAUGAAGAGAUAUGGGCACCAGAGGUAAAUGACUUCGUUUGCAUUUCAGACAACGCUUACAUCAGAGAACAGAUCUUGGUCAAAGAAAAAACAAUCUUGGAAAAGCUGGAAUGGUUGCUGACAGUCCCCACUCCCUAUGUCUUCCUGGUUCGAUAUAUUAAAGCCUCUAUUCCAUCGGAUAAGGAGAUGGAGAAUACAGUAUUUUUCCUAGCUGAACUUGGGCUAAUGCACUAUCCUGCUGUAACUGCUUACUGCCCUUCAAAGAUUGCUGCUUCUGCUGUUUAUGCUGCACGAUGCACCCUUGGUAGGAGCCCUAUCUGGACUAGAACUCUAGAGCACCACACAGGCUACUCAGAAGAUCAGCUAAAGGGUUGCGCUGACCUCUUGGUUAGCUUGCAUUCUGCAGCUGCAGAAGGUAAGCUCAAGGCAGUGUAUAGGAAGUUCUCAUGUUCAGAAAGGGGUGCUGUUGCUCUACAGAUCCCAGCCAAAGGCCUUCCAAGCAAGUCGUUGAACUAGUAAUGAAUUUUUAGAUAGAUUGUGGUGGUUUUCAAAUAGGGGAGAGAGAUCAUUUUGCUGUUAUGAUCUUUAUUAUAUUUUUUUUUCUUCUUCCUUUGGUAGUUGUAGAAACAAGUUGUGUGAAAACAAGUUGUGUGGAGUUCAGGUCUUUUACAGUUAUUACUGAAAAUUGUGACUUUCUGAUCAUUUCUUUCAAUGUCAAAAGAAGAUCGAUGUUUGUUGUCUCA